AUGGACACAAGAAAUCAUUCUUUGGUAACUGAGUUCAUCCUUGAGGGGUUAACAGAUGAGCCAGGACUCCAGCUCCCUCUCUUCUUCCUGUUUCUACUGAUCUACAUGGUCUCCAUGGUGGGCAACCUGGGCUUGGUCAUUUUAAUCAGGAUCAGUUCUCAGCUUCACACGCCCAUGUAUUAUUUUCUCAGUAAUUUGUCCUUCAUAGAUCUCUGCUACUCCUCGGUCAUAAUUCCAAAGAUGCUGGUAAACUUCGUGUCAGAGAAGAACUUCACUUCCUUUCCUGAGUGCAUGGCCCAGCUCUUUUUCUUCUCCUUCUUCAUUAUUAAUGACUCCUACAUGCUAACAGCCAUGGCAUUUGAUCGUUAUGUUGCCAUCUGUAACCCCUUGCUCUACACUGUUACCAUGUCCCACAGAGUCUGUUUCCUACUGGUCACCGGUGUGUAUAUAGUGGGGGCUGUUGGAGCCUUGAUUCACACCAGCUUCAUAUCUAGUCGCUCCUUCUGUGGCACUAAUGUCAUCCACCAUUACUUCUGUGACAUCCUUCCUCUUCUGAAUAUAUCUUGUUCAAGAGACUACACCAAGGAACUUUCAGUGAUGAUUUUGGUUGGAUUCAAUGUCUUUGUAUGUGUUGUAGCCAUCUUCAUCUCUUAUGCUUUCAUCCUUCCCAGCAUCUUGCACAUCCACUCAGCUGAAGGCAGAUCUAAAGCUUUCAGUACCUGUAGCUCCCACCUUGCAGCUGUUGGGGUUUUCUAUGGCUCCAUCAUCUUCAUGUAUUUUAAACCAUCUACCAGUGACAGAAUACAGGACACGGUGGCCUCUGUGUUUUAUACUACAGUGAUUCCCAUGCUUAACCCCCUUAUCUACGGCCUUAGGAACAAGGAUGUCAAAGAAUCCAUUAAAAAAAUUCUGAAGGGUGGGAAACUUCCCAGGUCUGGGUAG